AUCAACUUUAGCAUCUUCAUAGUCCUAGCAACGGCUUCACCGGCCAUGGCUUCUCGCUAUCUCGUCGUGGUCGUCGUCGCCGCCGUCUUCGUCUCGCUCUGCGACGCAGCAGUCGGUCAGGACAAGAAGGUUGUGCUUCCGUUCGCGCCGUCCUGCUCGACCACCAGCAACUACACCGGCGACAGCCAGUACAAGAAGAACCUUGACCAGCUCUUCUCCACCCUCACCGGCGGCGCCAUCGCCGGCGGCUGGUUCAACACCACCUCGGUCGGGAACGGCGCCGACCAGGUGUUCGGCCUCCUCAUGUGCUACGCCGACCGCAACGCGACGCAGUGCCAGGAAUGCCUCGCCGGAGCGGCCGCCGGGAUCUUGCAGAAGUGCCCCGGAAGCCGGUGGGCGAACGCCAACUGCGACGCCUGCCUCCUCCGCUACUCCGACGCGUCCUUCUUCUCCGCCGCCGACGUCACCUACGGCGCCGACGUGAACAUAUCCUUCUACGUGUUCACCUCCCGCUACGUCGAGAACAUGGCCAGCAUGGACGGCACGCGGCGGGCGCUGACGAGCAAGCUCGCGGAGAGGGCCGGCGACACCAAGCUCCGGCUGCACAACGACAGCGUGCCGUACGUCGACUCGUGUCUCGGCACGUCGCGGCUGUACGGGAUGGCGCAGUGCACGAGGGACCUGGCGGCGAGCGAGUGCCGGAGGUGCCUGUCUGCGUACGUCGGCGAACUCACCGGCAUCUUCCCCAACAACAGCGGCGGCGCCAUUAAGGGGUACAGCUGCUACCUCAGGUACCAGCUUUGGCCGAUCGACAUCACACUGCCGCCGCCAUCACCACUGCCUCCGUCUUCUCCGGCUCCGGCACCGCCUUCACCUCCUCCUCCUCCUCCUCCCACGGUGUCGACAGUACUCGUGGCCGGACUGACCGUCGGCGCCGUCUCGCUGCUGGCGGUUCUUGGUUUCUCAGCAUGCCUCCUCUUGCGCCGGCGGCGGAAGCUCGCCGGCCGGACGAGGGAGAAGGAGAUGGACGAAGGUGACUACUUCGACGAUGUCGCGGACGACUUCGAGAACGGGACCGGACCAAAGCGGUUUCGCUACCGCGAGCUCGCCAUCGCCACGGACAACUUCUCCGACGAGCACAAGCUCGGGGAAGGCGGGUUCGGGUCAGUGUACAGAGGAUUCCUCAAGGAGAUGAACCAACACGUCGCCAUUAAACGGGUCUCCAAGAGGUCGAAGCAGGGGAGGAAGGAGUACGCGUCGGAGGUGCGGAUCAUCAGCCGGCUCCGCCACCGGAACCUAGUGCAGCUCAUCGGCUGGUGCCACGGCGGCGGCGAGCUGCUCCUCGUCUACGAGCUCAUGCCCAACGCCAGCCUCGACACCCACCUCUACAACACCAAGGCCGACGUGCUCCCAUGGCCGCUCAGGCACGAGGUCGUGCUCGGGAUCGGGUCGGCGCUGCUGUACCUGCACGAGGAGUGGGAGCAGUGCGUGGUGCACCGCGACAUCAAGCCCAGCAACAUCAUGCUCGACGCCGCCUUCAACGCCAAGCUCGGCGACUUCGGCCUCGCGAGGCUCGUCGACCACGGCCGGGGCUCCCACACCACGGUGCUCGCCGGCACGAUGGGGUACAUGGACCCGGAGUGCAUGGUCACCGGCAGGGCCAACGCCGAGUCCGACGUGUACAGCUUCGGCGUCGUCCUCCUCGAGAUCGCCUGCGGCCGGCCGCCAAUCAUCGCGCAGCACCACCAGCCGUCCGAGGUAGACGACGACAGGAUCCACAUUGCUCACUGGGUCUGGGGCUUGUACGGCAAGGGGGCGCUUCUCGACGGCGCCGACCAGCGGCUCACCGGCGAGCUCGACGCCACGGAGAUGGAGCGCGUCAUGGUGGUGGGGCUCUGGUGCGCGCACCCUGACCGGAGCCUGCGGCCGACGAUCAGACAGGCCGUCGGCGUGCUGAGGGGUGAGGCGCCGCCGCCGAGCCUCCCGGCGAGGAUGCCGGUGGCGACGUUCCUGCCGCCGGCUGAUGCUUUCAACUAUACGUCAUCUUAUGACGUGUCAGGGAACAGCAGCAGCAGCUCGGGCACUAGUACUACUCGGUCGUCUCCGUCGACGCCGUCGUCCAUGGCGACCGAGACAUCUUCCUUGCUGAAAUGACAUCUGAGCGAUGAUGCUUUUCGUUCUAUCAGAUUAA